AUGGCUGCCAUGAACAACUUUCUACAGCCCCAAAUUCCUAGAUUGGGGAAAGAUAAUUAUGAGAAUUGGAGUAUACAAAUGAAAGUGCUGUUGGGUUAUCAAGAUUUGUGGGAUCUUGUUGAAAAUGAGUUUGAACAACCCGCUUCGAAGGAGGAUGAAGAGAGAUUGACGGAAGGUCAAAAGGUUUUACUUAAGCAAAUGAGAAACAAAGAUAAGAAAGCCUUGUUUCAAAUCUAUCAAGCCAUUGAUGAGUCUAGCUUUGAGAAAAUCUCCUCCGCAACCACGUCCAAAGAAGCUUGGGAUAUCCUCCAAAAUGCAAAUAGAGGUAUUGACAAAACCAUAAGAAUGAGACUUCAAGUUUUGAGGGGUGAAUUUGAAUCUUUGGAAAUGAAGGAUAAUGAGACCAUUGCGGAGUAUUUUACUAGAACCAUGGUGAUUGUGAAUCAAAUUAGAAGGUAUGGUGGCAACCUUGAGAAUGUAUGUGUGGUGGAGAAAAUCUUACGAUCUCUAAAUGGUAAAUUUGAGUAUGUGGUUCCCGCCAUUGAAGAGUCAAAGGAUAUUUCCACCGUGACGAUUGAUCAAUUGAUGACAACACUUGAAGUUCAUGAGCAAAGGUUGAACAAGAAGGCUUCAAGCUCUCUUGAGCAAGCACUCCAAUCCAAACUUUCUUUCAAGGAUGCAAAGGAGGAUCAAGGGGGGACCUCUUAUAGUGCAAGAGGAAGAGGAAAAGGCUAUGACGGUCGUGGUAGAGGCUAUGAUGGCCGUGGUAGAGGCUAUGGAAAUCGUGGAAGAGGCUUUGAAGGCCAUGGAAGAGGUUAUGCGAAUAGAGGUAGAGGUGGAAGGAACGCUAGGGGAGUUGGAAGAGGCCAAAACUCAUAUGCUCCAAGAGGAAGAGGAAGAGCUAGAGGAGGUGGCGACUACAACCGUUCUUAUAAUCGAAUGGUUAUGACAAGAGGAAUGUUGAAUGCUAUAAUUGUCACAAAUUUGGGCACUAUAGUUAUGAGUGUAGAGCAACGUCAAGCAAUGAAGUUGGUGAGCAAGCUAACUAUGUGGAGAAAGAGUACAAAGAAGUUGGGCCUACUUUGUUGCUAG